UCAUUGAAAGUUUUUCCUCUGAUUUUAAAUGCAUUUGUGUUUUAACGUGUCGUUGUGUGCUCCUCUAAUAAGACUGUGUUGUUUGGUGUCAUUAAGCUUCCGGUUUGCUGUUUGAAAAGUGCUGCUGAAUCUCCAUCUGGAGUUCUUUUAAAGCAGUCCAGAAGAAAGAAGGUACAUGGAACAGAAAAUGGUACCGAAGACCAGACUUGGGAAGCGGUCACCGCUGGGCACCCUGGUGUGUGGUUCCUCAGCGGAGGGCCUGACAGAAACAGGAGCACAUGGAUGCCAAGAUGGUGGGCUUCACAGAAGCAAACUUUACCCUGGACAGAAGGUGUAUGUGCACUGCGGAGGCCAGGAAUGUGGAGGUGUGGUGGAACAGCAUAACCACGUGGACAACGAGGUGUCGAUCUUCCUUCCCCAGCUCAACCAGCACGUUCACCGCAAGCUGGAAGACGUGUGGACAAGCCCAACGUCCAGUUCUACCUCUUCAGUCUCUUCGUCCAUCGACGUGCCAAGAAGGAGUGUGGAGGCAGUGGACAUGGAUGAGAUUAUGGCUGCAAUGGUGCUCACAAGUCUUUCUUGCAGUCCAGUCGUCCAGCACUCAACCCAGGGCAGCGUAACUCCUGCUUUAUGUGGGAUGGAAAAUGGUGGUAGCGAACUGUCUGAUGGAGGCUAUUGGAGUUGCGACCAUGGAAACGGAAGCCCUGCCCCUUCUCCGCCCAUUGAGGAGACUGACAAGAGCAACCCUCAUGCUGAUGAAGGCCUGGACAUGGAAAUGGACCAAAUGUUGUUCAAUGAGCCAACACCAAGAAAACGCAAGAACUCUGUCAAAGUAGCAUAUUGGUGUUUAUGGCCAAAUUGUGGAAAAGUCCUGACCACAGUAGUGGGCAUCAAACGUCACAUCCGAAAUUCUCAUCUUGGACAAAGUGACGAGCACUCCCAAAGGGAAGAAGACUUCUACUACACUGAAGUCUAUCAGGAUUUCGAGCAGACGGCUCCCCCUGGCGGCCACCGGGCGUCCUGCACUUCUCCAUCCCCCAUCCCGAGCCAACACACACCCCCUUCUCCCUCCACCCCGGACACACUCCAGCCCAGCCCGCUCAGCCAGUCUGCCCCGGGCAGCUUCUGGCAGGUCCAUUCAGAGCACUCUUACCAGGCUCCUGCACCCGUUCAGGUGGUGACCCAGUCUAAACCAGUGCCUGUUCCUGUGUCCUGUCACUGGACUCCAUCUCUCACUGUCCACCAGAGCAAGCAGGGAUCACCGUUCCGCCGUCGGUCAGUCAGUGUUGGUGAACAGUGGCUCCAGAAUAACAGCGCCUCCUUCAGGCCGCAUCCUGCCAGUGUUUCCCCUCCAAGAAACCAUUGCACUUCCAGGAGGAUUCGAGGUGAGGCCAAGAAAUGCAGGAAGGUGUACGGCAUUGAGCACCGAGACCAGUGGUGCACCGCCUGCCGCUGGAAAAAGGCCUGUCAGAGAUUCCUCGACUAAAGCCUUCAAGAAAUACAGACACUAUCCUUACAGAAACCCACAGGAGGGGAUCUGACCUGGAACUACGGUUGGAACAAACCAAAAGAGCACCUUUGUGACUUAACUUUUUCUACAUUUUAUCACGAUUACCUGUGCUGUGUUUUAUGAGACGUACUAAGGAACCAUGAUGGUGCUGGAAGAGUGAUAAAGCAGAUCUCGCAGUCUUCCUGCAUCUUAUAUCAAGACCUGAUGAAGUUUUAUCCAUUUUUGUUGUUUUGCAAGCAUUAAACAGCCAUAAUACAACGGCAGAUGUCAGAUUGUUUUGGGUGUAAAUCAUCAGACACGGAUGGAAAGUUUACUUCUCAUUCCAGCUUAUAAGAGAUUACUGCGGUCCAUUGCUUUCAGGGGCAAAAUCGGCAGCUUUGGGUUAGUUGUAGAUAGACAAGAAAGCAGAAUCAGUGUCUCAAUAGUAUAUAAAACACCGUUUAUGUUCAUGUAUACCAUGUUUACCUUUUGUUUUUUUCUUCUUCUUUGCUUUCCAGUGCAAAAUUUUGUAUAGCAAACUCUUGAAAAGGAAGAAAAAAAGGAUUUUGUAUUACGAUUUUAAUGUGUCAUGUCAUCAUGGGUGUAUUUCUAUCACAGGUUAUACUUCUGUGGAUAUGAGAUGAUUCUUUUUUCUGUCGAUAUUAUGGAAGUAUCCGUGUAAACAUGCAUGAGUUGAUAGUUUAUUCCUCUACUUAGUUUUACUCACUGGCUGUUCGUCCGUUUGGAUUGCAAUCUUGCCAAAGAGAAUCCAUCUCCACAAAAUAAUGUGAAAUUAACCUGCUGACCAUUCUUGGGAUAAAUGUAACCAGCUGUUACGAUCGGUUCAUGUACUCUGGGUCCAAAUAUUUUCUUAUGUCGUAAAACACUUCUAUUCGUCAACGUUUCGUGUGCAUCUCCACUGUGUAGUCUCUCACCAAGCUCGAUGCUUUGACCUCAUGAAACUGAAUGUAAUUUACCCUGAAGAUCUCCAUAAGUCGUUGUGCAUUUCCAACAGUCGGUGUCAUAUAGGUGUUUGAGGACGUUGUAGUCUGAGAGAUAUUCAGUAAACCUCAUUAAGAACAAUCUUUUUGUACAUUUUUGUAAAGUACUUCCAAAGUGUUUCCUUUAAUGAACCGUCUGAGAUCUGUUCAAGAUGAAAGUAUAAUUUCUUUUCAUGAAACUUAUGUUGCUUCAUGCCUUUUUAAAUAAACUUUUGUGCGAACGA